CUUACCAGCAGCCCAGAUGCAUUUGCCACUCCUUGUGAUGUCCUUGUUAUGUGAAGUGAUCAGGAUGGGGUCCGGCAUCAUGCAGAAGCAAAGUGCUCAGAGAGAGACACCAGAGGACUGUCGGAGCUGUUUGGAGUGUUCCCGGGACAACGGCUGCGUGCGUUGCCCAGAGCGACUCUUCCUGUUCCUGCAGAGGGAGGGGAUAUCUCACCAUGGAACUUGUCUCCACGCCUGCCCUGCAGGACACUACGGACAGAGAGGAAAGGAUGUCAACCGCUGCAUGAAGUGCCGUUCUUCAGACUGUGAGCAAUGUUUCAGCCGGGACUUCUGCACCAAGUGUAAGCCUGGCUUCCAGCUUUACAAAGGCAAGUGUCUGACCCACUGCCCAGAGGGAACUCGUCCCCACCAGACAGACUGCCUUGAAAACUGUGUCCUAGCUCCACUGGGAGAGUGGAGCGAGUGGAGCGUCUGUCUCCGGGAUGGCGUCACCUGUGGUUUCAGGUGGGGUAAGCAGACGAGGACUCGGGUGGGUGGCCAGACCGGGAAAACGCCUGACGAUAAAGCGGCACCAAUCUGCCCACCUCACAGCGAGACACAGAGGUGCAGGAUGAAAAAAAAGUGUACCACAGAAAGAAGACAGAAUAAAAAAGGAGGACUUGGAAAGAAGAAGGAGCGAAAACGGCUACGACUGCACACCAGCAACAGCGUUGGCAACUCAACAAACAGAACAACCACAGGGGAGCAAAGACAUCAUGGAGAUCCCUGA